AGUAGUGUUUAACAAGGUGUGUGACUGAAUUUUAUCAGAUUGAGAAUGAAUAUGGGAACAUUGAAAGCUCUUACGGCAAUGGAGGCAAAGAGUACAUUAAAUGGGCGGCUAACAUGGCUCUAAGUCUUGGUGCUGGUGUUCCAUGGGUCAUGUGCAGGCAAACUGAUGCUCCAUAUGAGAUUAUUGAUACAUGCAAUGCAUACUACUGUGAUGGAUUUAAACCAAACUCUCCUAACAAACCAACUUUUUGGACGGAGAACUGGGAUGGAUGGUAUACACAAUGGGGUGAAAGAUUGCCCCACAGACCUGUUGAAGACCUUGCAUUUGCAGUUGCACGUUUUUUCCAGCGUGGAGGAAGCCUUCAAAAUUAUUAUAUGUAUCAUGGUGGAACAAAUUUUGGCCGCACUGCUGGGGGACCCUUGCAAAUUACAAGUUAUGAUUAUGAUUCUCCAAUCGAUGAGUAUGGUUUGCUGAAUGAGCCAAAAUGGGGUCACUUGAAAGAUCUACAUGCUGCUUUAAAGCUCUGUGAGCCCGCUUUAGUGGCUGCUGACUCACCAACAUAUAUAAAACUUGGUCCAAAGCAGGAGGCACAUGUAUACCAAGCAGAUGUCCACACUGAAGGAUUAAACUUGUCUCUGUCCCAAAUCUCUAGCAAAUGCUCAGCUUUCCUUGCCAACAUUGAUGAACAUAAAGCAGCAGCUGUGACCUUUCACGGUCAAACAUACAUUAUACCACCAUGGUCUGUGAGCAUAUUGCCAAAUUGCAGGAAUGUGGCUUUCAAUACUGCUAAGGUUGGAGCACAAACUUCAGUCAAAUUUGUAGGGUCUGAUUUGCUUCCAUCUGCAUCUAUUUUUUUGCCAGCCCAACAAUUGGCACACCCCAAUGGCAUCUCCAACAUCUCAAAGUCAUGGAUGACUACGAAAGAGCCAAUAAAUAUAUGGAGUAAGAGCAGUUUCACUGCAGAAGAUAUAUGGGAGCACUUAAAUGUAACAAAAGACCAAUCUGACUAUCUUUGGUAUUCAACCAGAAUAUAUGUUUCAGCUGGUGAUAUCUUGUUUUGGAAGGAAAAUUCUGCUCAUCCAAAACUUACUAUAGACAGUGUUCGUGAUAUACUGCGUGUAUUUGUCAAUGGGCAACUUAUAGGUAAUUAAAUAUCAUGGUACUGAACAUAUGUUUUAUAUGAAGAUGAGUAUUUUUUUUAUUCCUUAAAUUAAUGGAAGUUCUAUUCUGAAUAAUGCACUUUGUUGUGUAGUUUCCCUUGCAAGACUCUUUAUUGAAUCUAGAGAAGAAAGAAAAUGAAAAAUAAUUUUAUUCUUGUAAAAAUUUGAGCUUGAGUCUGAUAUUGAUUGAUUCAUAUACUGAAAACUGUACUAUCGAUACUGAAUAACUCAAUGGGAAGAUAACA